AUGACUUUUAUCAUGGGUGGAAGGUCCCUGAAACUUCUCUGUGCAAUUUUUACGCUUUUUCUGCACUUGAAACCAACUCUUGGAGUCAUUUCAGGGGUUGGAGACGGUAAUAUGUGGUGCAUAGAGAGGGAGAGACAAGCACUCCUUGAGUUCAAAAAAGGUCUUAUUGAUGACAACAAUAGGCUCUCUUCAUGGGGGACUGAAUAUGCAAAGAAAAAUUGCUGCAACUGGGAAGGAGUUCUGUGCAGCAACCAAACAGGCCAUAUAAUCAAACUUGACCUUCAGGCUGAGGAUAAGCCAACUUUGCGAGGUAAGAUCAGUCCUUCACUAAUUGAGUUGCAUCAUUUGAGUUAUUUGGACCUGAGUUACAAUGAUUUUAAUCAAAGCCAAUUCCCAAAGUUUAUCACUUUACUCAGUAACUUAAAGUACCUAAAUCUCACUGACGCUAAUCUCAGUGGCCAAAUUCCAUCUCAGCUUGGUAACCUUUCCCGUUUGCAAUCUCUUGACCUCGGUGGGAAUUAUUUGAAAAUUGCUGAAAAUCUUGACUGGCUUUCUCCUCUUGUUUCAAUAGAACACCUCAGCCUAAGAUUUCUUAAUCUCAGUGUAGCCAAUAAUUGGCUGAAAGUUGUUGCUGGUCUACCAAAGCUAUCAGAGUUGUCGUUGAUUGAUUGUGAUCUUCCUUUUAUCACUCCCUCUUCUCUUUUGCAUAUUAAUUCCUCUAAAUCUCUUACCUACCUUUAUCUCUCCGGCAACCCUCACAUGACUUCCUCGAUAUUCCCCUGGUUGUUCAACUCUAGUACCAAGCUUGCUCAUGUUGAUCUCUCUUCUAAUCAAUUAAAUGGCUCAAUUCCGAAUGCUUUUAGCAACAUGAAUUCUCUUCAGGUCCUCUUCCUCGAUGAUAAUCAACUUGAAGGCGGCAUUCCAAAAUCGUUUGAGGAUAUAUGUACUUUAAGAACUUUGGGUUUGGAAGAGAACUAUCUAAAUGGACAGGUUCUUGAGUUCUUCAAAAACUUGAAGGGAUGCCUAAAAGAUUCAUUAGAGAACUUAUAUUUAGAUAGCAAUCAAAUUGAGGGGUCAGUGCCUAAUUUUGCAAUAUUUCCAUCAUUAACAUGGUUAACUCUUGCUAACAAUAAAUUAAAGUGGAAUUUGGCCAAAAGUAUUGAAAGCCUACAUAAGCUAGAGGUUUUGAUUGUCCGAUCCAAUAUGUUGGAAGGCUUCAUUUCUGAAGCCCUACUAUCAAAUUUCCCCAAAUUGCGGUAUUUAGACUUAAGUCAUAAUCCUUUAACUUUUAAUUUCAGCUUUGAUUGGGUUCCCCCUUUCCAAUUGCGCUAUCUAUAUGUGAGAUCUUGCAAGUUGGGUCCUGAUUUCCCAAAUUGGAUAAAAACUCAAAGAAACCUUUGGUUCCUCGAUAUCUCCAGUACUGAAAUUUCAAAUACCAUCCCCACUUCAUUCUGGGACAUUCCUAGUGAGUUACGCUAUUUAAAUUUGUCUCAUAACCAAAUCAAGGGAAGGUUGCCAAAUAUAUCCACUAAAGUUUCAAACCUUCACACAAUAGAUUUCAGUUCAAACAGAUUUGAAGGCCCAUUACCAGUGUUUCCUCCGAAUUUGACCUCAAUAAAUCUCUCCAACAAUAUGUUUUCAAGGUUAAAUUCCUUUGUAUGCUCAAUUUCUGAUGGUAAUUUAAGAGUCCUUGACCUCUCAAGCAACUAUCUAUCUGAAGAGAUCCCUGAUUGUUUCAUGCAUUGGCAAAAACUAGAAGUUCUGAAUUUGGCUCACAAUAAGUUGUCUGGGAAAAUUCCACACUCUAUGGGUUCUUUAACACAACUUAUAGCAUUAGACUUAAGCUAUAAUAGCUUGUCUGGAGAAUUGCCUUGGUCCUUGCAAAAUUGCACCAUGUUAAGAAUUUUGUGCUUGGAAAAUAAUAAAUUAUCUGGGAAGAUACCAACUUGGAUAGGGGGAAAAAUGUCCUCAUUGAUCAUUCUUAGCCUCAGAUCCAAUGAAUUUCAUGGAAGUAUGCAAUUUCAAAUUUGUUUGCUUGUCCAUAUUAGACAUUUAGACUUGUCUCAAAAUAAUAUUUCUGGAACCAUUCCCCAUUGCCUCAAUAAUUUGACUGCCAUGGCACACAAAGUUUCAAAUUUUAUGAUGAGCGACAACUUCUUCAUUUGGAAUGGCACUGAAUAUACAACUUUUGGUGGAACGUAUGCUUCUGGGAGUAACAACAUCAUUGACGGUGUCAAUAGUCUCAAUAUAACUGUUGGUUGGAAAGGGAAUGUGUAUGAGUACAGAAAGAAUUUUGGAGAAAUGAGGAGCAUUGAUCUUGCAAACAACAAAUUGACUGGAAAUUUUCCAGAAGAGAUAUCCAGCCUCAUAGAAUUGAAAACAUUAAAUUUAUCAGGAAACAUGUUGACUGGAAUGAUUCCACAAAACAUUGGAAGAAUUCCGACAGGCACUCAACUCCAGUCCUUUGAUUCUGACAGAUUCAUUGGUAAUCUUGGACUUUGUGGACCUCCACUUAUAGAAAAGUGCCCAGAAGAUGUAACAUCCAACACUAAUCGCAGUGAAAACUAUCAAGAAGAUGGAGAUGAAUUCUGGAAAUGUCUUUAUAUUGGUACAGGGCUUGGAUUCAUUGUUGGUUUUUGGGGAGUCAGUGGCUCUUUGAUGUUAAACCGUUCCUGGAGACAUUCAUAUUUCCUAUUGAUGACCAAUCUAAAGGAUUGGUUCUAUGUGACAAUAGUAGUGCAUACUACAAGAUUGCAGAAGAUGUUUCACAGCUAGAGGCUAUCACAGUAGUUUCUCUAAAGCCUUGGAGGAGAUUUGGGGCUUUUGAUAUUACGUGCUUUUAUUCUGCUUACGGAUUGAUGCUGUGCAGCUGUGGUGCAAGUUUUGGACAUCACAUGAUUUUAGACUUCCAAAUUCCAAUAUCAAUGUGCGCGUGCUUUUAUGUAUUCAUAUAUGCAGAAUUACGUGUGUACUUGGCAAAAGCUGAUAUGCCAUCAAUAAAUUAUUUGUUCCAUAUUGUAUCAAUGAUUUGGUUUCAUUUGAUUAGGCUAGUUGGGGUUCAAAAUACAUUGAACAGUAUUUCUACGAA